GACACACACACACACACACACAUACUCACACAUACUCACACAUACUCAAACGCACAGACAGACAACAGAGCAGGACACAACUUCACAGUGCGGGACAUAAUCCAACUGUUUUCAGGUUUUGGAUUUUAAUCCAGGGUAGUUUUUCCUUUAAGUUGCCAGGAACGACCUCACUGAUCAUGAAUCCUGAAUAUGACUACCUAUUCAAACUUCUCCUGAUUGGUGACUCUGGAGUGGGAAAGUCAUGUCUGCUGCUGCGCUUCGCGGACGACACCUAUACUGAGAGCUACAUCUCCACCAUCGGAGUCGACUUCAAGAUCCGGACCAUUGACAUGGACGGAAAGACAGUGAAACUACAAAUUUGGGACACAGCGGGUCAGGAGAGGUUUCGAACCAUCACCUCCAGCUACUACAGAGGAGCCCAUGGCAUCAUUAUAGUGUAUGAUGUCACUGAGCAGGAGUCCUUUAACAACGUGAAGCAGUGGCUGGACGAGAUCGACCGCUACGCCUGCGAGAACGUCUCCAGGCUGCUGGUGGGAAACAAGUCUGACCUCGUUAGCAAGAAAGUGGUGGACGCUGCCACUGCUCAGGACAUGGCCUCGUCUCUCAAGAUUCCCUUCCUGGAGACGAGCGCUAAGAGCUCUGAUAACGUGGAGAGAGCUUUCCUCACCAUGGCCUCUGAGAUCCACAAGCGCGUGGCCAGUGAGGGAGGGGGAAUGCAGGGUCAGUCAACAGAGGCCAAAGCCCAGAGCGCCAAGAUCAACAGCGCCCCCGUGUGGCUGGGAGGAGAAAAACAGACCCAAGAGUCCAGUAACUGCUGCUGAGCAGGAAGACAACACUGGUGAUGUCUCUGGACUAUGUGAUUGUUUGUUAUUGAAAUACAUUUAACUUUUCAGGAGGAAGUAGCUCAACUACUUGAUAUUUUUAAGAGUU